UGAGAGCUAGAAGGGGACAGGCCACAGAUGCACAUAGUCUAGCUGAAAGAGUGAGAAGAGAGAAAAUAAGUGAAAGAAUGAAGCUUUUACAAGAUCUUGUACCAGGCUGCAAUAAGGUGACUGGAAAAGCCGUGAUGCUUGAUGAGAUUAUUAACUAUGUACAAUCACUUCAACGGCAAGUUGAGUUCCUUUCAAUGAAGUUAGCUACUGUGAAUCCAAGAAUGGACUUUACUAUGGAAGCUCUUCUUUCCAAGGAUAUGUUUCAAUCUAGAGGAUCAUUGUCACAAAACAUGUAUUCAUCAGAAACUUCAGCACAAGCAUUUCCUUAUGGAUUUCAAUCUCAGCCAGGGCAAAGCUUUCAUAAAGGAACAGAGUUUCCAUUUCCAAUAAACUCCUUGAAUAAUAAUUUGGCUAGAAAUUCAAAUAUGCAAUUGCCUUCUCUAGAUGGUUAUGUUGAAUCUACCCCUCAGGUCCCCACAUUCUUUGAGGAUGAUCUCAAUAGUGUUGUUCAAAUGGGCUUUGGCCAAAAUCAGAACCAGAGUUAUCCUGGUAAUGUUCCUACUUCACAAAUGAAAGUUGAGCUAUGACCAAAAGAGCCAAAAAUUGUUGAAUUCAUUUGAGGCCCCAAAUGAGAGAGGCUUCUGUAUAUAGAGAGACAAUUGGCAAUUCAGACUUAUUCAGAGCAAAUUUGGAUUAAAGAAGAAGAAAGAAGUAAAAAAGAAGGGAUUUUUUCUCUCUUCCAAUUCUUGAUCUAUUUAGUGAUUAAUUGGCUGAUUUUGAUUAUUAUUAUUAUUACUACUAUUUUUUCUUUUCCUAUAUGGAAUUCUUACUACCAAAAUUGGAGAGGCAAUUAGCUUACACCUUUAUGGUGUUGUGAGAACUCUACCAAGAUUUGUACUUGUAAAAUAUAAUUUUAGUUGCAUUGGUAAGAAAGUAUGUUAGAAGAGUUGAUGAA